AAUCAGAAACCAAGGAUGGAGGAAGAGGCACCCACCCCUGUUUCUAGUGUCACCAAGGAAAAGUCCAGUAAAGUGUCAGAUCUCAUUAAUCGUUUUGAGGGCGGCAGCCCAGUAAGUCCCAGUGAUUUGAAGAAAGAUCCCUCUGUUCUCCAUAUUUCUAAAUCUCAAGGAAGAUAUGGGUCAACACCAUCACCUCAGCCAAAACUCCCUUCCCAGCACUCACUACAAAAACAGGGAAACAGUGAUAACGACAAAACUCAGGUUGCACAGCUACACACAGCCAACGGAGUAGUAGCACAAGAUCAGGCAGAAGAUGAGGACAGGAGAUUACCAGACCAGGACUCUGCUGCAUCCACCCCAGCUCCAGAUAAUGCCAUCGACAGCAGCUUGAUAAACGGAGAAGGACAAAGUACUUCCAGAGAGUCAUUGCAAAGUGUAACUGCCUAUGAAGGACAGAUGCUGAACAGCAGCUACAGGACUUCAAGCAGUGAUACACUGCUUCCAUCUGAAAAUGAAAGUCAAGAAACAAUAGAAAUGAAUACUAACAUGAAGGAAGAACCAACUGAAGAAAUCAGUAAGCAAGAGCAACCUGUAGAAACAAAGGAGACAGAUGAACAGAAACGUCACAAAAUUGCCAAUGAACUUCUGCAAACAGAAAAAGCCUACGUUAGCCGACUUGACCUCCUAGAUGGGGUAUUCUAUUCCAGACUCCUUGAGGAAGCAAACAGAGGUUCAUUUCCAGCUGAAGUGGUUAACAAAAUAUUUUCUAAUAUUUCAUCGAUAAAUGCUUUCCACAGUAAAUUCUUACUACCAGAACUUGAGAAAAGAAUGCAAGAAUGGACUGCCACCCCCAGAAUUGGAGAUAUUCUGCAGAAGUUAGCUCCUUUCCUCAAGAUGUAUGGAGAGUAUGUGAAGAAUUUUGAUAAUGCAAUGGAGUUGGUGAAAACGUGGACUGAACGGUCACCUCAAUUCAAAUUCAUUAUUCAAGACAUCCAGAAGGAAAAAGUGUGUGGAAAUUUGACAUUGCAACAUCACAUGCUAGAACCAGUACAACGCAUUCCACGCUACGAGAUGCUUCUAAAGGACUACCUAAGGAAAUUGCCUCAGGAUUCCCUAGACUGGAAAGAUGCUGAAAAAUCCUUGGAAAUUAUAUCCACUGCAGCAAGUCACUCUAAUAGUGCAAUAAGAAAAAUGGAGAAUCUAAAGAAAUUGUUAGAGAUCUACGAGAUGCUGGGGGAAGAGGAAGACAUAGUGAACCCUUCAAAUGAACUGAUAAAAGAAGGACAGAUCCUGAAACUGGCUGCUCGCAAUACCUCUGCUCAGGAACGGUAUCUUUUUCUGUUUAACAACAUGUUGCUCUACUGCGUCCCCAAAUUCAGCCUGGUAGGAUCAAAGUUCUCAGUUCGGACCAGAGUUGGCAUCGAUGGUAUGAAGAUAAUAGAAACUCAUAAUGAAGAAUAUCCACACACUUUUCAAGUGUCUGGAAAAGAGCGGACACUGGAGUUGCAGGCCAGUUCUGAACAAGAUAAAGAAGAAUGGAUAAAGGCACUUCAGAAUACUAUAGAAGCUUUUCACCAGAGGAAUGAAACUUUCAGAAAUGCUAUUGCUAAAGAAUAUGAAGACACACCUGUUGAAGUUUCUAAUGCUGAGCUUGGGAAGAGAGCACCUCGGUGGAUACGAGACAAUGAAGUAACCAUGUGCAUGAAAUGCAAGGAGCCCUUUAACGCACUGACAAGGAGAAGGCAUCACUGCCGAGCAUGUGGACAUGUGGUUUGCUGGAAAUGUUCUGAUUACAAGGCGCAUCUCGAAUAUGAUGGUAACAAAUUGAACAAAGUCUGUAAGGAUUGCUAUCAUGUUAUAAUUGGUUGUACAGACAGUGAAGAAAAGAAGAAGAAAGGCAUCUUGGAGAUUGAAUCUGCAGAAGUCUCUGGAAACAGUGUUAUAUGUAGCUUUCUUCAGUACAUGGAAAAAUCAAAGCCCUGGCAGAAAGCAUGGUGUGUCAUACCUAAACAGGAAGCUCUUGUGCUGUACAUGUAUGGUGCUCCACAGGAUGUUAAAGCUCUAGCUACAAUUCCACUUCUGGGCUAUACAGUAGAUGACACUCCAAGAAGUGCUGACCUCCCACACAGCUUCAAACUGACCCAGUCGAAGUCUGUGCAUAGCUUUGCUGCAGACAAUGAGGAACUGAAACAGAAAUGGCUAAAAGUUAUCCAUUUAGCUGUCAAAGGUGAGACAACAGAAUGUCAAAAUGAACUGCAAGGGAAUUUAGAAGAGCAACCUGAAUCUUCUAAAACAUCUGAAUGCUGA